UGGAGCGUCUAGUUGCUCGCUCUCCUCAUUUGAGGACUCUUCGGCUCAAUCGUGUUGUUUCCAUUGAGAAACUUCCAAAGCUACUUCGUCAUGCUUCGAAGUUGGUUGAAUUUGGUACAGGAUCCUACUCUGCUGACAUGCAGGCUGAUGUUUUUGAAGUUUUCGUAAAUGUAUCUCAAGCUUUUUCAGGCUGUAAUCAACUCAAAGGCUUGAGUGGGUUUUGGGAUUCUGUGCCAGCCUACUUUCCAACUAUUUAUCCAGUCCAUUCCAAACUCACCUCUUUGAAUUUAAGCUAUGCUACCAUUCAAAUACCUGAUCUUGGCAAGCUCAUUGGCAACUGUCUCAAUUUGCAGCGGUUGUGGGUGCUAGAUUACAUUGAAGAUAGCGGUCUUGAGGAGAUUGCCAACACUAGUAAGGAAAUUCAAGAGCUUAGGGUGUUUCCUUCUGAUCCAUUUGCUCCAGGACCGAAUGUAUCCUUGACAGAGCAAGGCCUUGUAGCUGUCUCAAUGGGCUGCCCUAAGCUUCAGUCAGUUUUAUACUUCUGCCGCCAAAUGACAAAUGACGCCUUAGUUACUAUUGCAAGGAAUCGUCCUAACAUGAUCCGAUUUCGUUUGCGUAUUAGCGAGCCUCGAACUCCUGAUUACUUAACCCUUGAACUACUUGAUGCUGGUUUUGGGGCCAUUGUGCAAUACUGCAAGGAAUUGCGGCGACUUUCUCUUUCUGGCCUUCUUACAGAUCGUGUGUUUGAGUACAUCGGGGUCCAUGCUAAGAAGUUAGAGAUUCUUUCCUUAGCUUUUGCGGGGGAUAGCGAUCUAGGCCUCCACUAUGUUCUCUCUGGUUGUGAGAGCCUUCGUAAGUUGGAGAUUAGAGACUGCCCCUUUGGCGAUGAGGCUCUGUUGGCUAAUGCUGCAAAGCUGGAGACAAUGCGAUCCCUUUGGAUGUCUAAUUGUUCAGUAAGUUUUGAAGCAUGUAAGCUGCUAUCCCAGAAGUUGCCAGGGCUUAAUGUUGAAGUUAUAGACGAGAGGGGUCAUCUGGAUACGACACUAGAAAGCUGCCCUGUUGAGAAACUUUAUAUAUACAAGACAGUGUCAGGAAGGAGGUUCGACACUCCUGGUUUUGUUUGGAUUAUUGAUGAAGAUGCAGCAUUGACUCCAUGUAGCAACGGGAAUUGCUCUCUGGCUUCUUCUUAGGAAGACUUCAGGUAUAAGUUCUAUGUUAAUCUUUCACCCGCGUUUACUUGCUUGAGCAUUGUGUAGUUGCAGUGCUGGUUAUGGUGGGAGUGAAUCUCGUGUGCCAUCGAUUUGACCCUUUGUUGAGCGACUUUGCAGCAAUUAAUUACAAAUAAUGAGUUUAAACUCGUUGUUGUGCUAUAUCAGUAAGGGCAACUAUUGUAUUUUUGGUUGGGAGGGGGGCAUGUUCAACUGUGUAUCCUAUUUUGUAUCAUUAUGUAUCAGUUUUGCUUUUUCUAGUGACUUUUUCUUCUGGUGAAAUGGUUCUAUCAUGUACUUCUCUGGUCAUGUAUUGUUGUAAUUCUCUUUGAAGAUUAAUGCGAACCUUUCAUUCAUUUUGA